UGGGAUUUGGAACAGCCGGAGUUGGAGCGGUGCUAGCCGGGGGCCUGGUGUUUCACAAGGAUAACAGUCGCUGGUGGAGCGGCAGCGAUCUGCGCUGCAGGUACAGUGUGUACGCUGCUGAGCAACAGAUUCAACUAUAGACAGGCACAGUGCUGCAUCAACAUUUGUCUUCAAUUGGAACUUGGAAAAACUGCAAGACAGUUGACUUACAGACCAAUGUAUGGUUCUUCAAGCAGUGUCACAAGACUAAACUAAGCCUUAAGUUUGGAGACAAUGGACACAAACCUGGGCCGAACAUCAGGUCCAAAAUACACUGAAAGACAAUGCUAAAGAAGAACAUGGAUGUGCUGCAACUUGCAAACAGCGCUUCAAACAGUUUGCCUCAGUUGAAUAUGAGGGUGAAUUAUACAUGACUCCAAGAGAUUUCUUGUUCUCAGUGAUUCAGGAAUGUAUGAACAGUGGUGCCAGCUUUCUUGCAGGUAAGAUGGAGAAAAAGAAAUUAACAAAGCAGGAUAUUGAUGUGUUGGUGGCACAAGCAACAACUGUGAAACAAAGUACAAAUCUUUUCAGGGACCUUGGUGAUAACGGUUUGAUAUCAUACACUGAAUAUUUAUUCCUGCUGGGUAUUCUGACAAAGCCAGACACUGGAUUCCAUAUUGCCUUUAGUAUGCUGGACACUGAUGGGAACCAAGAAGUCGAGAAAAAAGAAUUUCUAGUGCUGCAGAGCAUCAUUCGGCAAAAGAAAGAUGUCAAGCUGGGAGCACAGACUACAUCAAAAGGUAGCAAAGGAAUGAACACAACACUGCUGGUACACUUCUUUGGGAAAGAAGGGGAGCAGAAGCUCCAGUACAAAGACUUUUACAGAUUUAUGGAAGACCUGCAAACAGAGGUGCAAGAGAUUGAAUUUAGAGAGUUUUCUCGAGGCAUGAAAACCAUGAGAAGAGAAGAGUUUGCAGCAUGGUUGCUCCAUUUCACCGAAGAACAAAACCGUGAUAUUUACUGGAAAAAUGUGAGGCAAAUUCCUCCAGGAGAGAGCAUUUCCUUUGAAGAAUUCAGGGCUUUUUGUCAUUUUAUGAAUCAUCUUGAGGAUUUUGCUUUCACCAUGAAUAUGUUCACUGCAGCCAAUCGUCCUGUUGGAAUAGGACACUUCAAGAGAGCUGUGAAAGUUGCAACAGGGCAAGAGCUGUCAGAUAAUGUUCUUAAUACGGUCUUCAAGAUUUUUGAUGUGGAUGGAGAUGGAUGCCUAAGCAAACAGGAGUUCCUUGGAGUGAUUAUGACCAGGCUCCAUCGUGGCUUAAAGGCACCAACACAACAUGGUUUCGAGGGCUAUUUUAAAUGUGUGAAGAAGGAGACUAUUGUUGGAGUUCAUGAAGCCUGGAAGCAGACUGGAAGAAGCCCCUGUUAAUUCUACUGAACAUGAGGUCUUUUUACAUAAAAUAAUCCAAAACUAUACAUGAGAGCCAGCUUGUUAAAGAAAUUUUGUCAUAAUGGGUUUAAAAAAAGCUGCAGUAUAUCUAGGGUUAGUAGAAGGUGUCCAGAAUUUAACAAAAUGUCAUAAAUAUGUCCUGUUUACAUAUAUAAAGUGUAUUUAGACAAAAAUAAAACAAUAGUGCCUUCAUGAAAAUGUAUUUUGACAAGUCUUUCCUCAUUUAUUUACAUGCAUAUACUGUGAUGUAAUGAUGUAAGACACUUCAAAACAAAUCAACAUGUCAUUUAUAUGUGACAUCAUUCUGCUGAAGAUGGUAUGUGGUCUUUUUGACUCAUUUGUUCCUCCAAAUAAUGAGUUUUAUCCAGCAAUUUUUGUUGAAGGCAAUGCACUUUAAAUAAAAUUAGAUCCAUUAAAUCAAUUACAUUUUUUUUGUUUGUUUUUUGGUUAAAUUUAAUCAGAAUUGCUCAUUAGAAAUACAAAGUGUGAAGUUUGUUUGCAUAGCGCUGCUUUGAGCGGACUACGCUGAUCUACUUCUAUUUCUCAGGAGCAAACAGGGCCACAGGUCAUUGAAGAAUGACCCUCAGAAGUGGCUCAUUGUGUUGCUUGUCCCCAGGAGUCGACAUAGGUCUGUGUAAGACCACUAGAGGUGGCAUUACGCAAACAAACUUUUCCCCCUGAAAAUAUUCAAUGCAUUGAAAUACUCAAGGACUUCAUUAAAUGUUUCUUCAAUUUAUUGUAUACAAUAUACUUUAAGAAUCUAAGACAAAAAAACUUUUAAAAAUAUAUCAGUUAGUCUAAGAUGUAAAAUUCUACAAUACAUUAUAAAGUUGAAGGUAAUCUAUCCUUAUUGUGCAUCUGCUGUGGUGAUUACAAGGCAAUUAUUCUUCAACCCUAAUUAUGUUUUACGUUUUAGAUGUUCAGAUAAAACUACCCUUUGACUUUGUUAUUUUAUAUUUAAGGAAUACAAUGAUUUCAUCAAAAUCUCGAACUGCAUCUGGAAUCUCUAUUAAAUCUGUACUUUUCUUUUGCACUAAUAAAGUUUGGCUUGUGAAA